UCGCUGUCGGCUUUCAGUGAAUCUCUGCUCCGGUGUAAACAGCGUCAGCGGAUCUCGGUUGAAGUGCGCGACUGUAAGUGCGCUCACUCAUAUAUAUACACACACAGAGACGGUAUGGCCGACAGCGACUGGGACACGGUGACCGUGCUGAGGAAGAAGGGUCCGUCUGCCUCUCAGUCCAAAUCCAGACAGGCGGUCGCUGCUGCUCAGAGGCGUGGAGAUGAAGUGGAGACCACCAAGAAAUGGUCGGCGGGGCAGAAUAAGCAGCAUCUGGUGACAAAGAACACGGCCAAACUGGACCACGAGACGGAGGAGCUUCACCACCAGCGCGUGCCACUGGAAGUGGGCAAAGUGAUCCAGAAAGGCCGACAAGACCAGGGUCUGACCCAGAAGGACCUGGCCACUAAAAUCAGUGAGAAGCCUCAGGUCAUCGCCGACUAUGAAUGUGGGAAGGCAAUUCCUAAUAAUCAAGUCAUGGGCAAAAUCGAGAGAGCCAUUGGUUUGAAGCUUCGUGGGAAAGACAUUGGGCAGCCGCUGGAGGCCAAAUCCACGAAGAAGUGAAGACAAAGCCUUGAAAAUCAGCCUUGGCUGAGGUCACUGGAGACGAACACCCAGUGUCAAGCUGCAUAAAGAAAUGACUCUCAAAAUAAAACCAAAGUGCUGUGAUGCAUUUUAGCAAUUCCUUGCUUUGGCAUGAAGUCUUUCUCUUGUGGAGAUGAUGAGGCCGUGGAAGCAGAGAACACUUUAAGUGAACCUCUGAUUUAUAAUCAUUUAAAAGCAUGUUAUUUCGUUUUUGCUCGAUGCUCGAUUGUGGCCUUGAUCUGAUAUGUUCAUGUCUCAAAGCUUCGUCUUUUGACAAAGGCUUGAAUAAAAUCUGAAGCAUU